AUGUUGUCCAGGCGGGUGUUGACACGAGAAAUCGCAGAGGCAGAUUCUUCGUUGUAUGUUAUCAAGCGAGAUGGCAGGCGUGAAAAAAUAUAUUGUGACAAGAUUACGAAACGCAUCACGCGUCUUUGCGAGGGUCUUCAUACCGAUUUCAUUGAUGUGGAGUAUGUCACAUCCCGUGUAGUGACUGGCUUGUACGCCGGGGUACCUACUUCUGAGUUGGAUGCUCUUGCGGCCGAGGUGUGUGCAAGUAUGACCACAAAGCAUUACGACUACGGGACUCUUGCUGCUCGCAUCUUCGCAUCGAACUUACAUAAGGAAACGCGACGCACGUUCUCUGAGGUCAUUGAAGACCUGUACAAUCAUGUCAAUCCUAAAACUAAGAUGCAAACACCUAUGGUCUCUGAGGAGCUUGUUUCUAUUGUCAGGAAAAACCGUGAUCUCAUUAAUUCAACUAUUGAUGACCAAAGGGAUUUCGAUUUCAACUAUUUUGGGUUAAAGACACUUGAAAGGUCCUAUCUACUUCGCAAGAAUGGAAAAGUUUGGGAGAGGCCGCAACACAUGUUUAUGCGGGUUUCAAUUGGCAUACAUGGUGAUGAUCUUGAUGCCGCUUUCGAGACUUAUCACUUGAUGUCUGAAAAGUGGUUUACCCACGCGUCGCCCACGCUUUUUAAUUCUGGUACGCCCGUUCCCCAGAUGUCUAGCUGUUUUUUGCUCACAAUGAAGGACGAUAGCAUCGAGGGCAUUUAUGACACUUUGAAACAAUGUGCUCUUAUCUCAAAAAACGCUGGAGGGAUUGGUCUUAAUGUUCAUUGUAUACGGAGCAAGGGUACUUUUAUUGCUGGCACCAAUGGGGAAUCCAACGGCCUUGUUCCGAUGCUCCGGGUAUACAACAGCACGGCCCGAUAUGUCGAUCAAGGGGGUAACAAGCGUCCUGGCGCCUUCGCGAUCUACUUAGAGCCAUGGCAUCCUGAUGUCUUGAAUUUCCUGGAACUGCGCAAAAACACUGGGGCCGAGGAGACUCGUGCGCGGGAUUUGUUCAUCGCUCUCUGGAUUCCUGACCUGUUCAUGAAGCGAGUUGAGUCCAAUGCCAUGUGGACAUUGAUGGAUCCACACGAAUGCCCGGGACUUGCUGACUGUUGGGGCGACGAGUUUGUGGCUCUCUAUACCAAGUAUGAGUCAGAUGGUCGGGGUCGCCGAAGCGUGCCUGCUCAGGAAUUAUGGCACGCUAUCAUUGAGAAUCAGACAGAGACUGGCAACCCCUUCAUGCUUUACAAGGACGCUUGUAAUCGGAAAUCAAAUCACCAACACCUUGGCACCAUCAAGUGCUCAAAUCUCUGCACAGAAAUCGUCGAAUAUAGUUCCCCUGAUGAAGUUGCUGUGUGCAAUCUAGCCUCAAUCUCGCUUCCUCGUUUCGUUGACCCUGUUUCAAGGUCGUUUGAUUUUGUAAAAUUGCAACAAGUAACUGAAGUUGUCACCAGGAACCUAAACAAGGUCAUCGACAGGAACUUCUACCCCAUCAAAGAAGCGGAGCUAUCUAAUAUGCGCCAUCGCCCAAUAGGUCUCGGUGUCCAAGGGCUUAAUGACGCAUUCAUCCUAAUGCGCUAUCCCUUCGACAGCCCGGAAGCGGCUAAUCUGAACAAACGCAUCUUCGAAACAAUAUAUUUUUCUGCGCUUAAUGCUUCCUGCAAACUUGCUGAGCAAUACGGUCCUUUUGAAUCCUACGAAGGAUGUCCAGUAAGCAAGGGCGUCCUUCAGCCUGAUAUGUGGGGCGUCAACACCGAUGAACUGUCCGAAAUUUCUGGACUAGACUGGUCGGGUCUCCGUCAACGCAUUGCUCGGUUUGGUGUUCGUAACAGUCUGCUCGUAGCUCCUAUGCCAACAGCGUCAACCGCACAAAUCCUUGGGAAUACCGAGUCGACUGAGCCGGUGACUAGCAACGUGUUUACUCGCCGUGUUCUUUCAGGUGACUUUCAAGUUGUUAACACCUACAUGCUUCGCGAUCUAAUCGAUCUUGGUAUCUGGUCGGACGAUCUCAAAGCGGCGAUUGUUGCCAAUCAAGGCUCCAUCCAGCACAUUGAGGGCAUUCCGGACAACCUCAAGGCCCUCUACAAAACAGUAUGGGAGAUACCUCAAAAGAAGAUAAUAGAUUUAGCCGCCGAGCGGGCUCCGUUUAUCGAUCAGAGCCAGUCCCUCAACCUAUAUAUGAAAGAACCUAACUAUGGCAAAAUCACCAGUAUGCAUUUCUACGCGUGGAAGCAGGGUCUCAAAACUGGCAUGUACUACCUGCGCACCAGGCCCGCUGCUGAUCCCAUCAAAUUCACAAUUAACAACAAGGAAGUAGAUAUCAUUCUCGCCAACGGUUUCCGCCAAUCUAUCUCUACCGUUUUUGCUGCCGAUAAGGAAAAUCGCAGUACCGAGGCUACCUUUCCGGAGAAGCUUGCUCAGAAGACAUAUAAAAAGAACCUGGAAGCUAUUUCAUGCUCCUUAAGUAAUCCUGAUGCUUGUGCUAGCUGCUCAGGUUAA